GGCACAAUUCAACCGGGAGACAGGCUGGAAGUGGAAGGUUGUGGAAAUGGGGAGGAUACAGGUCUAAAACAACACGAGCAUUUUCAAAACGGUGUCGUUUUCACUGCAAACUAAAAGGUAUAAAAGAGUCGACCUCAUCAUCUUCAUCCACACCCCUUGUCGUCUACAACCUGUGGCGGUGAUUCUAGAUUCUCCUGCAACAAUGGCUCGAUCCCUCUCCCAAACCCUAGCCCUAACCCUAACGCGUCUCAGCCAUCCUUCUCUCCACCGCUCUUCGUCGCAGCACCUCGCCUUCCGCUGCCGCUCCAACCGUCCCGAGAACAGAUUUCUCACCGAGAACGGAUUUCUCACCGAGCUCGAUCUCGAAGCCUCCGAUCCCGAUCUCGAGAUCCUGCGCAUCCUCAAGCUCGAUGACGCCAUCGAUCAGAUUCAUGUGAAGAAGGCGACGCCGGAUUGGCUGCCGUUCGUUCCCGGGUCGUCGUUUUGGGUGCCGCCUCGGGGGCGGUUUUCCGGUCUGGCUGAUCUAGUGGGGAAGCUGGCGUAUGUCUUGUCGGAGGACGAGGCCAUGUCGCUCACCACCGUCAGGGGGUGGCCGUCGUCGUCGUACUUCGUUAACGGUGCAUCUCCACAUUCAGAGGUGGAGACAACCUCCAAUAAUGCAUCCCAGUCUGAAGACGAGGAAGGCUGAGCCACAUCAUGAAACUAGCAGGGUGAGUGAGGUUCACCAAAGCUUGUAAAUUCCAUGUAGAAGAAGGAUUUAAAAAGAAGAAGAAGAAGAAGAAGAAAAUCUAUGAGCAGAAAGAACGGGUGGAUGGAUCAGGGGAGGAGGUGUACAUAUAUGCAAGCUGGUUGGCAAGGCAGAAAUAAUUUCUUUGUAAAUUCCACUGCCAGAAAAUCUGAUGUAUUAUCCAUUUUCUUUUUCAUGUUUUAAAAAAAGAAAAGGCAAUAACAGGGUUUCUGAAUUUCCUCUUCUUUGGUAA